AUGUCUGCCAAUGACCCUGUCGCCAUUACGGCUGCCGAGCAGCCCAAGCCUGUCAAGGAAAAGAAACCCAAUUGGAGGGGGAAACUCUUCUCCAAGGACAAGAAAGACCGGUCAGCGACCGAUCAACAGCAGAUUGAAGACUUUCUGGCCUCAAAUCGGCCGAUCACCGAGACGGUCACCUCCCCGAAAGCGGAUUCAGGAGCCGCCCGUCCAGUAAUCUCAACUCGGCAAAUCCCUUCAUCGAACAAUAUCUCCCAGAGCCCAGUCGUAUCGAUGCGUUCGCCUUCCACAGAUGAUUACACUGCAUUUGAUCUCCAACACUCUUCCUCGCCGCUUCAGCGAGACGCAUACUUCUCUCGGGAGUCUUCUCAGGCCCAACUUUCCUGCCGUAGUAUCAGCAGCAAGAACAUACUGAAUCCUCAGAAAGGAAAGGAUCUCCAUGUCAGAUUCUGCAAUUUGGCUCCGCAGAUUAUUGGGGAAGGUGGUGAUGAAACAGACACCCCGACCAUCGAGAUCUCUCGCGCACGACAACAGCGUCGCGAUUCACCCUCAAUAGCUCAACCAUCGCCUGAUGCGCAGCGCUCCUAUUUGCCGACCUUGACACUGGACACUUCACUGGGGGACGUCGAUGGGCGAGGACCGGCGAGUCCAGAAUCGCCCGGGCGGCCUCCUCUCAUUCAAAACCCGCUUGACGCAGAAUUUCUUAGUACACUACAAACGCAGAAGCCGGGAUCUCGACUCUCUUUCCGAGGUUCCGCGGAAUCGCAUGCAUUGGCAGAACGCGUCCGAGAUCAGAUGCAGGCGGAGGAAGCUCGAGCACUGCAGCAGCACCGCAUCGAAGAUGAUCUCCUUUCACCUACAGAUGAAAAAGCUGAUGUUGGAAGCGGUGAUAUGCCCCCCGCAUACAGUUCGCAAAGUCCAAGCGGGUCAAGUAAUGGAGCAUCGCCUCAUCUGACGAAUUCUUCUUCAGUUGGGUCCGUCUUUCAACCAAGACAGGGAUCGCGCAGUCCGGAUGACUCGCGAAUCCCCCCUUAA